AAUCUAGUACGGAAUUAAAACAAGAAAAUAAGACCCAGAUGCGUAGUAAGUUUAAAGACGAACAUCCCUUUGAGAAACGUAAAGCAGAAGCAGAACGAAUUCGACAGAAAUAUCCCGACCGUAUUCCGGUUAUAUGUGAAAAGGUGGAGAAGAGUGAUAUACCUACCAUCGAUAAAAAGAAAUACUUGGUGCCUGCCGAUUUAACUGUGGGACAAUUUGUGUAUGUGAUCAGAAAACGAAUCAAGUUGAGUCCAGAGAAGGCCAUCUUUAUCUUUGUGAAUGAAAUAUUACCUCCCACCGCAGCAUUAAUGAGUGCUAUUUACGAAGAGCACAAGGACGAAGACGGUUUCCUGUACAUCACGUACUCUGGUGAAAAUACCUUUGGCUAUUAAAACUCCUCUUUUUACAACCCCCAUUAACAACCACAAAAAGAAACAGAAAAAAAAAAUAAAACAUUUUGUAAGAAAUACUAAGAGAAAGAAAAAAAGAA